AUGGAUCAAGGAGAACUUGCACGAAUUUUUCAAAUGUUCGAUAAAAACGGAGACGGUCGCAUUACAAAAAAAGAACUUAGCGACUCGUUACAAAACCUUGGAAUUUGCAUCUCGGAAAAAGAUUUGAUCACAAUGAUUGAAAAAAUCGACGUAAACGGAGAUGGAUUUGUCGACAUUGACGAAUUCGGCGAGUUAUACCAAACGAUAAUGGACGAUAAAGACGAGGAGGAGGAUAUCAAAGAAGCGUUCAAUGUGUUUGAUCAAAACGGAGACGGUUUCAUAACGGGCGAAGAAUUAAGCGCGGUGUUAUCUUCUUUAGGGUUAAAAAAUGGAAAAAGUUUAGAAGAUUGCAAAAACAUGAUCAAGAAAGUUGAUGUGGAUGGUGAUGGAAUGGUGAAUUUUAAAGAAUUUAAACAAAUGAUGAAAGCUGGUGCUUUUGCCGCUGAUUCAUAG